AUGGAUAGUUCACUUGGACGUCGGGGCCGCCUAACGACACUCGCAACCAAGUCCCAACGACAAAGCAAAACCUUGGGGAUAGCGGAGCUAACUGCAGCGUUCAAAGACCUCUCAGGAGGCGACAGCUUGAUACUCACGGCGAAGGCAGGGAAUCUCGCAAGACGCUUGGGACUGGCUCCCUCGCUUAGGGAGAUCGAGGAACUGGCUGCAGUUGCAGGGGAGUACUGCGACAUCUCCACCUUCGCAAAAUUUUGUAGAGAGGUGACUCACUGCAGCGACAGCCCGAAGCUUUUUUCGGAGCUUUUUUGCUGUUACGAUUCGUCGAACACCGGGAAGGUGCCUUUGCGAGUCGCAAAAAAUAUCCUGCGCAGCUGCGGAGAGGUGCUGACGAACGAAGAAAUAGAUGCAGUAUUUGCGGACUUAGGGGUUUCCAGCGAUGAAGUUGACUACAAGGCUUUGUGCGAAAGGCUUUUGUCGGAGAGCUGA